GGAUCAUUACCAUGCACUAUAACUGGAGGAAAAGGAAAUGAAAUUUGCAGUACCCCUGGGCUAAAAAAUAUUGGAUGUUUUGCAUGGUUUUGCCUAAGUGAUGUUGAUGUCUUCUUGCGAGCGUUACUUGUUUCCUUCAUGCAAGUUUUCAUCGCUUUUGUGACGCAAGAAAAGCUAUGCCCUUCCAAGAAAACAGAGCCAAUCAAGUGAUUUGUACAGGAAUCUCGCAGAUCAUCUUAGGCUGCUCCGUUUUCGCUUUGUGCUUUAUACUCAGCGACAGAAGGAGUGAUGACUUCGGAGAAAUCUUUCAAACAGGUGCCGCUUAUUGGGGUGCAAUACCGGUAAGAACAUAAUUGAUCUUCAGUGUUCAACUGUCUGGGGGUUUCGAAAAGAAAAAAGUAUUUUCCAAUGUGAAUCUUAGUUUCUACGGUAGUGAAGCGUGUUUUGAUUUCUUUUUAUAAAACAAAUUAAAAGACUUCUUUGUUUCUGUUGUGAUUACAGCUACCUUAAAUGAUAUUUACUUUUAACGUAUGACCACGGCUUACACUAAUUUGAUCCUUGUUACACUUCAUCUAAGGGUUUUUUUCAGUUUUGACCUCUGAUAUUAAAAUUCUUAGUCUGUUUUCGUAUUACGGAGCACAAGACAAAUCACAUGCACUUUCCAAUUAACCAACACUGAGCCUGCAGUUUUAAAUUUCUCUGCAACUUCAGUAACAGAUGUUUUUGCGUUCAUCCUUUAUUCUAGCGUAUCUGUCUCUUCACAGAGAAAACUCUAUUUUAGUUCUACUAUAAGGUGACUGGUUUUUUUUGUUUUUUUAACUUAACUUCCGUCGACCAAAACGUAACUUUGUUUUACAGCCCCAUCCGUGCUCGGAAGCUAUAUUUUCUUAUAGAGAUCGAUUAAUAACUAGGGCAUGUUACCCAAUGCCUUGUUCUUUUCAUGUGACCAAAUCCAAUGUUAAUCUAUAACUCUAAACAAUAACUACUGAAUAAACCAAGACUUAAUUUAUCAAUCUGACUUUUGAACUAGCUGUUGUAUUAUUUCAGUAGAAAAAAAUGUAUUCAUAGCUAAUCAUGGCAACGAAAAUUUUAAAGACUUUCCGGCAACACAAGUUUGAAUUUCUUUGUUGUGAUUCCCUGGAGAAAACCCUUUUUUUUAAUAAAUCCACCUGUUUAGUGUCAUUGUUUUUCAGGCAGUCGCUUUAAAUGUCGACUUUUAUUUCACUAUCUUUGUGCAUAGCUCGUUAUUUCAUCCUUUUGGCAAUAAAAAACUCAAGAUCGGCAGGUGUAAUGAAAAACAUGUUUUGCAUAUUAACACUGAAAUUUCAAUUGAAAUCGCACGGCGUGAAACGAAACAUGGACGAGAGCAAACACUUCACUGUGUUCAACAAACACAUUAGUGUUUUAUUCAUCGUUAAUAGCUCUUUCUGAAUAAAUUACAACUUCUUUUAUUUCAAUGGUGUAACUGUUUCCUUCGUUGCCACGUUUCCUUCGUAGCUUUGCCGAUUUCAAUUUAUUGCAAAUUAAGUUUUCUGUUUCUCCAUUUGUUUCUUCGCCCACGUUAGCUAUAGCUGGAUAUAAUAAAAGAUUUAAAGCAAUACCUGACAGCAAUUAUUCCUUAAAAGGAAAAUGAAUUCUAAGUGGGCUGGCUAAUAUUUGUUAGUGCAAUCUCCCAUGUCGCGCUGAACUAAACUGAUCUUAAUUAAAAUACUAGUUUAUUAGCUGAGGACAUGAAAAAAACCUGUCGGCGGGGUUCAUGAGGCGGAACACUUCGCCGAGUUUUUAUCGGGAAGCCACCAAACCAGCAGCCAUGAGUAAGCGUAUAUAAUUUAAUGCCUUAUAAAUUAUCAUGUGGUGGGCCAGAAUUAGCAUUAAAAUUAUUACAGAGUACAUACAGCAGGUAUUAAGUGCUUUGGUUCAACUUUAUCAUCAAAAUACUCUUACACGGUGACAAAAUUGGUGAAAAUAUUGCACAUAGCAAUGAACUGAGUUAUUGCGAUGACAGUUGAUCGCAGGCGUGUAAUGUUGUACGUAGGCUACGUGGAAAUUUUGUAUUUGGGAAUCUAGAGGGCGUGUAAUAACAGACUAUCGUUAACUGAGGAGUCUGUAAUGCGUGUGGUAUCCGCAAAGACGUUUUCAGCACUUUGUAUAUCUCCAGACCGGAAUGCUUGGGCUUCCUGUGAUCAGAAGGAAACGUGAAAAAAAUGAAACGGCCAAAAACAAUUCACAGAAAAAUAUACUCAUCAUUUCCAACAUCUACAGGUAUAAUUUUAUGAACAAUAUGGCGUAAUAUGGCGUCAUUAAUACUUUAUCAGGUCAGUUGUCACUAAAUUUCAAUUACUGGACAAGUUUGGGUUAUUCUCAUGAAAUAAUAAGUUACCAUAGCAACGAUAUAACACGUGUAUAACACCAAAACAUAGGAGACGUUUGUCGAACCACGAAUUGAACAGCCGGUAGUUUUUAAAAUUAACAUCAUAAAAUGCAACGUUUGCGGAAAGUAGCGACCUUCACCAUUGCGGAUUAUGCAUUUUUGUGCCAUUAUACCCACGACUGUAAGGAUAGCAUUCAAACACCAAAGAAGGGGUUGAAAAAAUGUUGAAACAUCUUGAAACUGAUUUAUUGUGUUCCGUGAUUAAUUUCUUUCUUCUCAGAUCGUUAUAACUGGAUUUUUUGGAGUAGCAGGAGGGUGUACAGGCAAAUUUACAGUGGUAAGAAAAUUUAAUAUGAUGAAGCUAGGUUGCCGGCAGAUACCAAGGUUUUUUGUCUUCAGGUGUAAUUUCAUAAGCACUUGUCAUUUGAAGAGUCUAGACUGACACAUUUGGAAAAUCUAUCUAUACUGUACAUCAUGAAUUCUAAUAUAUCAAAGUAUCUCAUUUAUUUCUUUUUGGAUCUCUGACCAGACAUGUCUUUUCCUGGCUGCUGCCGUAAUUUCCUGUUUUCUUGGAGGAAUCCUCGCAGCAUUUUUGGGAGUGGCGUUAACAGCAAGGAGAUCUGUUGGAGAAUGUGAAAACGGUGAGUGAAUAGAGCACGUGGCAGACCACGUCGAAAGGGGUGGGGGGAAAGGACAAAGGAGGGGGCAUUCGCCACUCCCUCCUCCUCCCUUUCCCCUUUUUGCGCAAGCUACGCAGGGUAGGGAGUGCAUAGUGCGUAUGCUCUCCACGCUCGUCUACAUUUGUUUCGUGCGGGCGGGGGGGGCUGGUUUCGUGUGAUACUUGAACACAAUUGAACACAGCGAUCGGACCUUGUUUUUCAAGUCAAAGGAUUUGUCAUUGGCGAUAUUACUUUCAAUAGUCCUAGUCUCCCUGCCUGGUUAUUUUAUAGUUUCCCAGUAAUCUUGUACUAUAGAAAACGUAAGCUUUUUAAGACCAAACUGUCUAAAGCAGAAAAAACGAUUUUAUGUAUCGACCGAGAAGAUGCCUUCAUAUCGCAACUCUUAAUGCUGGUUAUGAGACCUGAAUUAUCUUGCGAUCAACUCGUAACACAUGUACAGCGGCACGUAAUAAUUUUCUUGUCUUCUUCUUUUUCUUCUUCUUGUUUUCACUUAGUGUAUUGUCCUUAUGAUACAGAAUCAAUUCUCAUGAUCGCAUUGAUCAGUGUGUUGAUCCUUCAAGCUGCUAUUGCUCUGUCGGGUGUAAUAGAGUCUUCACAGUUACUUUGCUGCACCGUUGAAGUAAGUGUGAGAGUGUAUUAAUUUAUUUAUGCGUAUUUAUAAUGAUAAUAGAAUUUGGCGCUUAAAAACUUUGAGCCGUUACACUUGGUGAGGUAAAAACUUUAAAUUUCAUUUUUACUAAGAUAAUUUUCGACAUUUUCCCUUCUGUUCGUGACAAAGGCCCUUAAGAAAAAACCAUACCGUCCACUCUCUCUAAAAAGGUAAAAUGCUUUUGAAGGUGAAUUUCUAGAGAUGAAGGAGCUUGAGCUGGAGUAUUAAAAGAGUUUGCUUUUCUAGGAACAGAACCGUUAAUUAGCCACACACUGAUGAUACUUGAAGCAAAAUAACAACGAAACACAAACUUAUUAGCUGUGGGUGUGUUAGAAAUGUCCAUUGCAAAGAUUCGACCUCUAGCAGGCCAAUAUUAGGAUAUCUCAGCGUGCAAAGAGAGUCGCGUCCGGUCGCCUGGGGCUACUGGAUUUUGCUAGCGGACUAGAAAUAUAUGUUCUUACCUUGCCCGAUGGGCAAGUGCUGUUUUUUGGGGGAAAUUCAAAUUACAGAAGGACUGUAAUCAAUCCUGCUAAUCAAAAAGGGUUUUGGACCAGUUGAAAUGACUUGUGGGCUAGUACAUAGCUACCGUUUGCCCGAAUGGCAGGCUGUAAGACUGACUUUCUUUGCACCCUGAAUUUUCACACUGGAUAAUCGGAUUGCUUUUCGUGCUGAUGCUAAAAAGUGAUCGGGUAUAUUGUGUUAACACCUAUCCGAUAUGUGACUCUCUACUUUGGAGAUCAACGCGGCGCAUCUUCGCUCCGUUACAGAAAUCGCCCCCAAUUCAUGUGUGAACAGAAACCUGGUAUGGGUUUCGUGCCGGUGCAAAAGCUAUAGUCAUGGUAUGGCAUUGUGAAACAUAGCCUUUUGAGGAAUAAUGAAAUAUUAAAACAUUUAAUUAUGCAAUACUUUCCCUAUCUCUAGUUAGCUAGCUUUGAUUGGCUACAGACACACCGCUACUUCUAAACUGGCACUUGUUUCAUGUUUCACUCUUACAGACAACAUUUUUUUUACAUGCAAAACUGACGUCGUUUAUACAAAAAUUAAAAUUUGCCCUUACAAAAGUGACGUCAUUUUCCUGUUCCAGUUUUUCGCAUGAAGCCACUUGUUAAAACACAAGCUGCCAACAGUUGGAGCAACAACUUUUGCCAUUUUAAACAUCUUUGAAAAGUACUUUUCAAAACCAGAGGGCUUUAAUAGUCAAUGCUCUUGGUUUAUGGCCAUCUCAGUUUUAAAAGGAAUAACAUACAAACUGCGGUUACAAACAUCAGAAAUAACAAACGCACUGUAUAACUGACUUUUAUAAUAUCGAACUUGUCGUUUGGUAUGCUUCAACGUACAUCCUCAGAAGUGACCGUUAACACGAGUAGUAACUAAAUUUAAACUUUAAAAAAGUAAGAUAAGUAAGUAAUUAACGUGAAGGAAGUCAAGGUAGUCAAGUUUUGUUGGCAAAUGUGCGAUGGGACUGGAACUUUAAGAGCGUACAAAAGUUGACAAAAGCUAAGCUAAGGUUGAACGCUUUGAAAGGUUGUGAGCAAAUUGAUGAGUCGUUUAGCUCAUUCUUCCUAGUUAGCUGUCUCUGUUUUCUAGUAAACUUAAGCUCGUUUAUGUAACUGAAAAAACUCAUUGUAUUCGGUUACCAAAGAUAACGAGAAUUAUCAAGACUCGGUUUGUGUGGUUAUCUGCUUCAGUCUUGCAAUAACAACCGCAGCAUUGAUAAUUCUUGUUAUUAUUCUCAACCUCAUCUAAUUAUUGUCAGUCUGUAGUGGGUUAGUUAAUCGCCACAUGAUGGUAGAAAAGUUAGAACCCCUCUUUCAAAGGAGCCGACUGACCUGAUGAUCUGUGUUACGGCAGAAGCUUGGGGGUUGGUGGUAAGGAAAGUUUACCUGCUGAUUCGGAUUCCUGGAGCACGAAACUGAACUGAAUUAGCCUGCGCAAACUAGGCAUUUUCUCCUUGUAUGAGGCUUGUAGGAAAACAAAUUAUUUUUUUUAAGACCAAAAUCUCUCUUUUUCAGGAGGAUCACGUGUCCGUUGUGUCAAUCGGGAAUUCAGCGCGGGAUCAAAGGAAACAGAGACUUAAAUCUGAGCGAGUUACUCAGAAACUUAAAAAAGAUGGAUUCUUUGCUGCAAGCUACGAUACUUCGUUUGAUGAUGCAUCAACUCGAUUCUAUGGUUUUAGGAACGGGAAAAAGAGCUACCGGAUGUGUGAACUAGGAACAACAGUCUGA